GUACAAAUAGAUUUUGUUUUCAAUGUAAUCUUGAAAUGUUUUUCUUGUAUUUAAUUUAUUAAUUAGAUUUUUCAAUAGCUUGUUUAAUUGUUAGGAUGAAUUUUUUUCUACCUUUUCGUUCAUUAUCGUCUGCAGUCUCUCCCAAUUUAAAGGCAGGUCCAAGUGUUCGAAAUCUUUUAGCAUUAUAUGGUUUGGAUGGUUCAAUUAUUAGUGCAUCGGGACCAAGGAAUGUCCUUCUUAAAUCAGAUGUGCUUACAUAUAUCAACCAAAAACAACUGAAACCUCGAAAAUUAGACGAUUUAUUGAGUGGAGUCAGCAGUGGCGAUGGAACCAGUACUCCUACUAAAGUAUACAAAAGUUUCCCUCGGCCUAGCGCGGCUAAAUGGCAAGACAUUGAAACCUCUGGGAUGAGACGAACAAUCGCAAAACGCUUAACACUAUCUAAAUCAAGUAUACCUCAUGGUUAUAUGACUAGUCAAUGCUGUGUCGAUAAAUUAGCCCAGUUAAGGGUGUCUAUGAAAAAGGAGGGACAUGCAGUAUCAUUGAAUGAUAUGAUCAUUAAAACAUCAGCAUUAUCUUUAAAAAAAGUACCCCAAGUUAAUGCAAGCUGGGACGAGUCUAAUGGAGCUGUUAAAUUGUUACCUACUGUUGAUAUUUCUAUAGCUGUGGCCACUCCAACCGGAUUGAUUACUCCGAUCAUCAAAAAUGCAGAUAACCUUUCAGUUCAACAAAUCAGUGAAAAUGUAAAAGACUUAGCUGAAAGAGCUCGAGCUAGUAAAUUAAAACCAGAAGAGUACCAAGGAGGAAGUUUUAGCAUAUCUAAUUUAGGGAUGUUUGGUAUUACUCAAUUUGUUGCUGUCAUUAAUCCCCCGCAAUCGGCUAUAUUAGCUGUUGGAGCAAUUAAACCUGGAGUUACUGAAGAUGAAAGGGUUGUAAAAAUGAUGCAUUUUACUCUUUCAUUUGACGCCCGAGUUAUUGACGAAGAGAUAGCAGCUCGAUUUUUAGCAAACCUGAAAGAAGUCAUUGAAGAACCAACAAUGGGCUUAAUUUAAUUACCGAGAAGAAGAAAGUUUUAAUAUUAAUUUCUGUAAUAUAUUAGCGAAUAUCUUUUCUCUUAAUCCUGUUUAUGAUCUUUUCGUUGUUUUCUUUCUAUUUUUCCCUUCUAUUCAAUAUCAUGUUAAUUGAAAGCUCUCUUCUGUAUUGGCGAGAGAUUUAAACAUUAGUUGUUUGAUUUAGAUUUAUUAAAUUGUUGUCUUUUAUAAAGAAUUGAUAA